UUCGGGGUUGGAGCUGCCCGGGCCGCCGGUACUGGGCCGCUUCUCUGGCGCGCUUGGCGGACGACGCGGCGUGUUCCAGACGUCUGUCUCUCCGUCGGUCCAGAGAGAAUUUCCAGAUCCGCGCCCCAGGAUGGGACGGGCUCUGCUGCUGCUCUUGCGGUGGCUCCUCCUCCCCGCGCUCUGGAGGGGAGCUAUUGCUGAAGCGAGGGAAGACACCAAGCACACUCUGCCGUUCCCAGGACCUCUCCCAGGAAGCCCGCAGGCUGACCACAUGCCAUUUUCCUUUCCACACACCCGCGGGCACCAGGCCACCUCGAUGUUGCCACCCACCCAGCCUGGAAGACCGCACACCAGAAACACAGCCCUUCCCAGGGUAACCUCCAGGUCCAAAUUCCUGCCGCGUCUUGCAUUUAACCACACAGUCGGCCACAUAAUACUUUCUGAACACAAAGAUGUGAAGUUCAAUUGCUCAAUCAACAUUCCUAAUAUCUACCAGGACAGCGCGGCUAUUUCUUGGUGGAAAGAUGGGAAGGAAUUGCUGGGGGCCCAUCAUUCAAUUACUCAGUUUUAUCCAGAUGAUGAAGUUACAGCAGUAAUCGCUUCAUUCAGCAUAACCAGUGUGCAGCGUUCAGACAAUGGGUCAUAUAUCUGUAAGAUGAAAAUCAACAAUGAAGAAAUCGUGUCUGACCCCAUCUACGUCGAAGUUCAAGGACUUCCUCACUUUACGAGGCAGCCUGAGAGUAUGAAUGUCACCAAAAACACAGCCUUCAACCUCACCUGUCAGGCUGUGGGCCCGCCCGAGCCCGUCAACAUUUUCUGGGUUCAGAACAGCAGCCGUGUUAAUGAACUUCCAGAAAAAUCCCCCUCCGUCCUGACUGUUCCUGGUCUGACCGAGACCGCCAUCUUCAGCUGUGAAGCCCAUAAUGACAAAGGGCUGACCGUGUCCAAGGGCAUCCAGAUCAACAUCAAAGCAAUUCCUUCCCCACCAUCUGAAGUCAGGGUCCACAACAGUACUGCACACAGCAUCCUGAUCUCCUGGCUCCCUGGUUUCGAUGGAUACUCCCCACUCAGCGAUUGCAACAUUCAGGUCAAGGAAGUUGAUCCGCUGAGCAAUGGCUCAGUCAUGACUUUUAACACCUCUGCUUCGCCACAUUUGUAUCGCGUCGAGCAGCUGCAGGCUCUGGCUAAUUACAGCAUUGCUAUGUCCUGCAUGAAUGAAGUUGGCUGGUCUGCUUUGAGCCGUUGGAUUCUGGCCAGCACCACCGAAGGAGCCCCAUCAGUAGCGCCUCUGAAUGUCACUCUGUUUCUGAAUGAGUCGAGCAACAAGGUGACCGUCAGGUGGAUCGAGCCUCCGAUAAAGCGGCAGCAUGGGGAGCUGGUGGGCUACCAGAUCUCUCACGAGUGGCAGAGUGCAGAGACCUCCAAAGAGCUCUCUGAAGAAGCCGGCCAGAACAGCAGUCUUGCUCAGCUUUCUGUCCAAGCCUACAAUGCCACGUGUACCGUGAGGAUUGCGGCCGUCACCACAGGGGGGGUCGGGCCUUUCAGUGACCCUGUGAAGAUAUUCAUCCCUGCACACGGUCGGGUAGAUUUUGCACCCUCGUCAACCCCAGCACCUGGCAAUGCAGAUCCUGUGCUCAUCAUCCUUGGCUGCUUUUGUGGAUUUGUUUUGAUUGGGUUGGUGUUAUAUAUUUCUCUGGCCAUCAGGAAAAGGUUUCAGGAGACAAAAUUUGGGAGCGCCUUCACAGAGGAAGAUUCGGAAUUAGUCGUCAGUUAUAUAGCAAAGAAGUCCUUCUGUCGGCGAGCCAUCGAACUCACUUUACAGAGCUUGGGAGUCAGUGAGGAAUUGCAGAAUAAACUAGAAGAUGUUGUGAUUGACAGGAACCUUCUAAUUCUUGGAAAAAUUCUGGGCGAAGGAGAGUUCGGGUCUGUCAUGGAAGGAAAUCUUAAUCAGCAAGAUGGGACCUCUCAGAAGGUGGCAGUGAAAACCAUGAAGUUGGACAACUUUUCGCAUAGAGAAAUUGAGGAGUUCCUCAGUGAGGCCGCAUGCAUGAAAGACUUCAACCACCCGAAUGUCAUCCGACUCUUAGGCGUAUGUAUAGAAAUGAGCCCUCAAGGCAUCCCCAAGCCCAUGGUGAUUUUACCCUUCAUGAAAUACGGGGACCUGCACACCUACUUGCUCUACUCCCGACUGGACACAGGACCAAAGCAUAUUCCUCUGCAGACACUGUUGAAGUUCAUGGUGGACAUUGCCCAGGGAAUGGAGUAUCUGAGCAACAGGAAUUUUCUUCAUCGAGAUUUAGCUGCUCGGAACUGCAUGUUGCGAGAUGACAUGACCGUCUGCGUGGCGGACUUUGGCCUCUCUAAGAAGAUUUACAGCGGCGAUUACUACCGCCAAGGUCGCAUCGCUAAGAUGCCUGUGAAAUGGAUCGCCAUAGAGAGUCUCGCAGACCGAGUCUACACCAGUAAAAGUGACGUGUGGGCAUUUGGCGUGACCAUGUGGGAAAUAGCCACACGAGGAAUGACCCCCUAUCCCGGAGUCCAGAACCACGAAAUGUAUGACUAUCUUCUCCACGGCCACAGGCUGAAACAGCCCGAGGACUGUCUGGAUGAACUGUAUGAAAUAAUGCACUCGUGCUGGAGAGCUGAGCCCUUGGACCGCCCCACCUUUUCAGUGCUGAGGCUGCAGCUAGAAAAGCUCCUGGAAAGUCUCCCUGAAGUUCGGGACAAAGCGGACGUCAUUUACAUCAACACACAGUUUCCGGAGAGCUGCGAGGGCUUGGCCGAGGGCUCGGCCCUGGUCCAGCUGGACUUGAACAUUGAUCCGAACUCUGUAAUCGCUUCUUGUGCUUCCGGCGCUGCGGUCAGCGUAGUCACGGCGGAAGUGCACGAGAACAGAGCUGAGGAGGGAAGGUACAUCCUCAACGGGGGCAGCGAAGGAUGGGAAGAUCAGGCUUCUGCCAGCCUGGCCCCGGGGCCAGCGGGAAAGAACGGUACUUUCCCGGAGGACAGACGGGGAAGGAAUGGGGCAUCCUGGUCCCAGUCGAGCACGCUGCCCUUGGGGAGCCCAUCACCAGAUGGACUCUUGUUUGCUGACGACUCCUCAGAAGACUCAGAAGUCCUCAAGUGAGGGGAGUUGAGACCUUCCCCCACCAAGGAAAUUCCACCUUAACAGAAUCCACGGACGCUUGAUAUUUGGGGUAUUUGUCUCCCUUACCAGGGAAACGCCACAGCCCGAAAGCACCACGUGAAUGUUGCCAAGUACGUCAUCAUUUAAAAUACGUAAUAUAUAUUUAUUUAAAGAGAAAAUAUCUAUAUGUAUAUGGUGGAAAGAGACGAAGAUAUUCUAUUUUAAUAAAAGAUGACAUAUCUCCUGUCACUUAUCUUACAGAUCUUAAAAUUUAAGCUCUAACAGCCUCAUCUCUACGACAGUCCCUGGAUGUUAACAUUUGCCCAAAGUUGUUUUUCUUAAAGUUCUCUUUCUUUUUCAUGACUGUUAAAUAUUUGUAAAAUGAAAUGCCAUGUUUGACUUUGCUUCUGGUCUUAAGAAAAAUCUGAUGUUCUCCCACGGAUCAUCUAUUUGUUAAGAAUGAUUCAUUUCGUACUUAAAGGUGCAUGACUGAUUCAUCCUCCAAUAUGGCUUCCUAAUAAAAUGUGAAUGAGGAAGGAGGUGUAGUACUUACUCCAGACUUGGGAAGACCAUGGUCACUGGCUGACUGCCUUUGCAAAGAAAUUCCCUUGAUGCCUGGUUCUUGAUGCAGCUGCUCUGACCAUUCCUGGCAUUGUUUUAUUUUGUUGUUGUUUUUGGGUUUUGUCUUUUUGUCUUUUCUAGGGCUGCAUCUGCGGAAUAUGGAGGUUCCCAGGCUAGGGGUCUAAUCAGAGCUGCAGCUGCCAGCCUACACCACAGCCACAGCAACGCAGGAUCCGGGCCACUUCUGUGACCUACACCACAGCUCACAGCAAUGCCAGAUCCUUAACCCACUGAGCGAGGCCAGGGAUCGAACCCACAACCUCAUGGUUCCUAGUCAGAUUCAUUAACCACCGCACCACUACAGGAACUCCCUGGCAUUGUUUUUUUAAAGAUAUGGAAAAAUCACUCCAGAGAGCCCAGAGGAAGAAGAACAAGAAAUAUUAAAGGGUUCAAAAAUACAAUCUGAGUGGAAAGAUUUAAAAUAAAUUGUAAGGGAGUUCCUGCUGUGUCUCAGUGGGCUAAGAACCCAGCUAGUAUCUAUGAGGAUGCGGGUUCGAUCCCUGGCCUCAGUGGGUUAAGGAUCCAGCCUUGCUGAAACCUGCAUGUAGGUCACAGAUGAGGCUCACCACAGAUGCGGCUUGGCUGCAGCAUUGCUGUGGCUGUGGUGUAGGCUGGCAGCUACAGCCCUGAUUUAAGCCCUAGCCUGGGAACUUCCAUAUGCUGCAGGUGUGGCAAAUAAAAUAAUAUCAUAUAAAAUAAAAUGAAAAUAGGAGUUCCCUCGUGGCUCAGCAGAUUAAGGAGCCAGCAUUGUCAUUACUGUGGCUCUUGCUACACCUGUGGCCUGGGUUCGAUCCCUGACUUGGGAACUUCCACAUGCCAAAAAUAUAAAUAAAUAAAAUAAAUUGUAGAAGAGAGUCCAAGAAGUGAAGCACUUUUCUGUGGGAAGGCAUGACUCUUGGGAGGGUGACCCAGGCAGUGGGCGGAAACAAGCUUAGAGCUCAGGACCCCUGAGUUCACGUCCUGGCUCUGCUGGGUCAUAACAGCCUUUGCUGGUUGAGCAUUUGUCAUGUGUCAGGCACUGAAUGUGAACUGUACACUUAAUCUGUGCAUCAUUAACAUGGGUCCUAGAGCCAUCAUCAUGCAUGGAAGCCCAGGCUGGAAAGGUUGGGUAACCUACUGUUACCACAUGUGGCCCACAUCUCAAGAGGGCUGGAGCCAGAAUUCAGAACAAAGUACCUGAUUAUGGCUAGUUCUGAGUGUGUGAUUUGGGAGCCUGUUCCAGAGCUUCUUGGCCUUUUAACUUUAUUUCACACAUAGAUUACACUUACUGUGUGGCCAGGCCUGGCAUUUAUUUCAUCCUUGUAACAACCCUACCAGGUAGGUACUAUAUUAUCUCCACUUCACAGAUGGGCAGACUGAGGCAAGAGGAAGCUAACUUAGUCUGCUAGUAAAGCAGUAGACUGAUUGGAUCAGCUUCAGCUCCCUCAGCCCCCAGAGCAGCCAUGUAGGCCCAGGGCCACUGGCAUCCUCAGGCCUGUUGCACUUGCAAACAGCCUCACUCAAGCUACCACAGCCUGCAAGAAUCCAUGUCUGCCCUGGGCUCAGAGGUGUGGCCCUCAUUGCCUGGCUCCUGGUCCUAGCUGCCAGUGCAGGUGCCCCAGUCUCAAGGGUCAGCUGGCUCUACUGUUCCUGUGAAAUGCUCCAGACAAGAAAGUUCUAAGGGUUGGAAAAGAAUCUGCAUUGUUAUGAGAAAUGUCAGCCUCACAUUUUUUAUCAGUGAAUGAAAAUAGAAAAGGCUUUUAGAUUCUAUAGAAAGAAUUUUCCACUGUUAGAAAUUUUUGAAUGGUUUAAAAAUCAAUAAAAAACUUACAAUCA